UUGGAGAUCUUAUAUUCUUAUUAUUAUUAUUUCAAUACAUACCUUAAACUCACUAACUAAAUAACCCUUCUUCCAUUCUGCCUUCUGCUUCUGGAAUUUUUCCAAUGGGAGUUGCAGCUGCAGACUCUGAGUUUCAUGUUUUAGCUGUUGAUGAUAGUAUUAUAGAUAGGAAGCUUAUUGAGAGGCUACUCAAGACCUCUUCAUAUCAAGUUACUACUGUUGAUUCUGGGAGUAAGGCUCUGGAAUUUCUAACGACUAACCCAAACAAUCAUCAGGAAGUGGAAGUGAAUCUUGUAAUUACAGACUAUUGUAUGCCUGGGAUGACAGGCUAUGAUUUGCUCAAGAAGAUCAAGGAAUCCUCAUUGCUAAGAAAUAUUCCAGUAGUUAUAAUGUCAUCUGAGAAUGUUCCUUCAAGAAUCAGCAGAUGCCUAGAAGAGGGAGCAGAAGAAUUCUUUUUGAAGCCAGUCCAACUAUCAGAUUUGAAUAAGCUUAGACCUCAUAUAUUGAAAACCAAGAUUAAACACCAAAAACAACAAGUACAAGGAGAAGCAAAACAAGAAGAAGAAGAAGAAGAAGAAAAAUCAGAGUUUGAAUCACCAACACAACAAGAACAACAGCAGCGACAACCACAGCAACCCGACAACAAUAAGAGAAAGGCGGCCAUGGAAGAGGAGCUUUCAACCGACAGAACAACUAGACCCAGAUACAAUGACAUCGCCACUGUAGUCUAACAGUUUCUGCAAAAGUAUAUAUAUUUUUAUUUUUUUUUGAAAUGUGGAUAGUGUGAUCCAGAUCAUCAAUUUUCUUUGUUAGAUUUAUAAUGGUGGUUAAAUACAGGGCGAACAGAAAUUUAGAGAUAGAUUUGUUUAACGCAUAGUCGGUCAGUCAGUUACCACAGGUAUUAAUUUCGUUCCAAUUUUGUUUUAAUUAUUAAAACUGGAAACAAAAAUGUAUUUAACAAAAUAGAGUGAGUUGUUUUUGUCAAUGGUGAAGAUUAUAUCAUAAUUUGUAGUUGGAAAUGUGGGUCAAGCACGAGGACAUUGUUGGCAGUAGUCGUAGAUGAUGAUGAUGACUAUGAUUGAUUUUCUGAUCAAA